AUAAGCUAGCUAGUGGCGCUCGUGAGAGUAAGGUAGAUUGACCUCUCCUGUUUGCCGUAGGUGGACGCUGGCGGACACAAGAAGGUUUUCAAGUUAAAAUGAGCUCUUCCGACACUAAAAUAAUCACUAUAAUCGGCAGUGGGCUGAUAGGCUGCUCCUGGGCUAUGGUGUUUGUCAGUGGGGGUUUCAAUGUGAAACUCUAUGAUAACCAACCAGGACAGGCAGCCAAGGCCAUCACAGAGAUUAGGAACCAGCUGGAGCAGCUGGAGGAAGCUCACAUGCUCAGAGGGCAGCUGAAGGCCACGCAGCAGCUCGCUUUGCUCAGCAGUUACGAUGAUCUCGCUCAGGCACUAGAGGGAGCCUUCUUUGUCCAGGAGUGUGUGUUUGAGAUGCUUGAACUUAAGCAGAGCAUCUUUAAGGACGUGGAGAGUCUUGUUGGAAAAGAUGUCAUCCUGAGCAGCUCUGCCUCCUGCCUAGUGCCGAGUAGCGUCUUCUCUCUGGUCCAGAACCAGAGCCGCUGUCUCAUCUCUCAUCCGGUGAACCCUCCCUACUACGUCAAACUGGUAGAGCUUGUACCUCACCCAGAGACAUCAACCCUUGUUGUGGAUUCCACUCGUGCCCUGAUGACCCAGGUUGGCCAGGUACCCAUCUGCCUGAAGAAAGAGAUUGACGGCUUUGCCAUCAACAGAGUACAGGCAGCAAUUAUUGCAGAGUCUUGGAGGCUGGUCCAGGAUGGUAUCAUCUCCGUUAAGGACAUCGACCUGGUAAUGUCAGAGGGUUUGGGAAUGCGAUAUGCCUUCAUAGGACCGAUGGAAACUAUGCACCUCAAUGCUCCUGAAGGUUUAGAAGACUACAUGAAGAGGUAUGGAGAAAGCUACAGGAGGCUCCUGAGCUCUUUUGGACCGAUUCCAGAUUUUUCUGGCGAGGCUUCCAAGCGCAUCAUUGAUGAGAUGUGCACACUGAUUCCCAAUGACCAGCUGCAUCUGAAGGCCAGGAGGGACAGGAGAGACCAGCUCCUCAUGGCCGUUGCCAAGCUGAAGCAGCAGCAGUGAGGUCAUCGUGCAGCGCCAUCAUCAGGAACAACUCAAAUUAUGAUCAGAAAUCAUUUGGUUAUGAAACCUUCUUCAUGAUCCUCCACUGGCCAGUCCUCAGCCAUGAUUCCUGAAGAAUAACACAUUUUAGACUUGGCCCAUGAUUGGAUUAGAUUUAGUUGAUGAUCCAACCCAGAUUUUCUUGUUAUCUUACAAAAUGCACUGAAAUUGUUACCAGUAUUAGAUUGAUGCCUUACAUUGUUUCUUGUUCAUGAAGUGUAAAACAAAAUAUGAAGAUGAAAGCACGAAUAAAAUUCAGUCACAUGUGGUAACUUGAGG